CUUUAUAACCUUUUUGUUAUUUCCUCAAACUCUACCUCUCUCACUAUCCCCUCCAAGGUGAAACCUAUUCACAUCCUCAUUGUUUCUUCUUGGCGCUCGGGAUCAUCUUUCAUUGGACAGAUUUUCAAUCGUCAUCCUGAUGUCUUUUACAUCUUUGAACCUGGACAUCCUGUCUGGAUGAAAAUGAAAAAUGAGAAAUCUGAGUUUCUACAUUACCCUGUAAGAGACCUUCUACAUUCACUUUUCACCUGUGAUGUUUCCCCCCUACUCUACUACCUUCCCUUGGGUAGAAAGCAAGUCUCUGAGCUCAAGUUCUUUGCUGAGAGUCGAGCCCUUUGUGUUCCCCCUGCCUGCAAAGCAUCUAUACCCUUGGAAGGUUAUGACCGUGUCAUGUGCUCUUAUAGAUGUAGAACAAGUCCUAUAGAAGUUAUGGCUGAGACCUGCAGGACACACAGUCACAUUGCAAUGAAGACCGUACGUAUAUUUGACCUUCAAGUCCUACUUCCCCUCUUCAGAGACCCAUUAAUGGAUCUCAGGAUUGUUCACAUGGUAAGAGAUCCUAGAGCAGUGAUUUCAUCAAGAAAAUCUUUUGAGCUAGAUGUAGAUGACAACAUUGUUCUUAGGAAGGAAAUGGAAGAGAAGAAUAUUACCCCCAAUUUAGUUCAUGUCAUGGGCAAAAUCUGCAAAGCACAGGUUGCCAUCCAUAAAUUUGCCCGAUCAGCAAACAGUUCAUUAAGAGGACGUUACAUGAUGAUAAGGCAUGAGGAAUUGGCAUGGGGUCCCAUACAAAGAGCAAAAAAAUUAUAUUCCUUUUCUGGGUUAAAUAUGACAUCAGAACUAGAAAGUUUUGUGUACAACAUUACCCACGUUAAUAAACAAGAUACAGGCACAUUUAUGUCUUUCUCCCGAAAAUCCCCUGAAGUUGUUUCAAGGUGGCGAAAACGCCUUAACUACAGCACAGUUAUGGAGAUUCAAAAUGUCUGCCAGGAAGCAAUGGAAGUUUUUGGCUACAUACCAGUAUGGUCCAUGAGAGAUCUUAGAGAUGUUUCUUUUAAUAUAGUGGCAGAAAGGGAAGCCUUAGAAGAUGAAUGA